AUGGACAAAGUGGAGCGAGUGAUGAAGAUGGUGAAGAGGAUGUCGCCGAGGAAGAAGAGGAGAGAAGGAGGAGGAGGAAGAGGAAUAGGAGUACCGGGCGAUCUGGAGAGCCCGGACACCCUGUGCGACGAACUCUGCCGCUUCAGCCUCUGCAUGAGCGAUGACGGGCCGUAUGGAAAAACAAAGGAUAUCUCUGGACCAGAACACACCAUGGCCUCAAGAAGACACAGUAUACCAGAAGCUCUGCGGGGGGUGACCAUGGUGGAGCUGGUGAAGAAAGAGGGCAGCACACUGGGACUCACCAUCUCAGGAGGUACGGACAAGGACGGGAAACCGCGGGUAUCGAACCUACGGCCAGGAGGACUGGCGGCUAGGAGUGACCAACUCAAUGUCGGUGACUACAUCAAGUCAGUGAACGGCAUCAAUCUGACCAAACUACGCCAUGAAGAGAUCAUCAGCUUACUGAAGAACGUAGGAGAGAGGGUUCUCCUGGAGGUGGAGUACGAGCUGCCCCCAACGGCACCCGACAGCACCUCAGGGGUUAUCUCAAAGACAAUCGACAUCUGUUUGCACAAAGAGGGGAACAGCUUUGGUUUCGUCAUGAGAGGUGGAACCCACGAGGACUGGCACAAGUCACGCCCCCUAGUGGUCACCUAUGUGAGGCCUGGAGGCCCUGCAGACAGAGAGGGCACGCUGCGUCCCGGUGAUCGUCUCCUCAGCGUGGACGGCGUGCCGCUGCACAACGCCAACCACAGCGACGCCCUCAGUGUGUUGGCUCAGUGUGGACAAGAAGCCCUGUUCCAGAUAGAGUACGACGUCACUAUCAUGGACACGGUGACGAACGCCUCCGGUCCAUUAUUGGUAGAAAUUGCCAAGACUCCAGGAGCAACGCUGGGUAUCACGCUCACAUCAGCCAGUCAUCGAAACAAGCAGGUCAUUGUCAUCGACCGAGUUAAACCUGGCAGCGUGGUGGACAGAUGUGGAGCGUUGCAUGCCGGAGAUCACCUGCUGUCCAUAGACGGAACAUCGACAGAACACUGCACGGUCCUGGAGGCGACGCAGCUACUAGCGAGCACAACAGAACUGGUCAAAUUGGAAAUACUCCCAUCCCACCAAACAAGGCUAACUGGGAAGCAGCACGACACUGUGAAGGUUCAGAAAUCGGACCACCCCCACUCCUGGGACCCCUGUGUGAACUACUGUCACCCUCCCAACUCCACCCUCUGCAACACAAGCUCCACCCUAAACAAGUCGUGGACCGCCUCCAACAACAACACCAUCAACAGCCUCGACUACUGCAAGUCCUUGGUGUCGGCCAGUUUCUCUCCCGGGUCUACGACCACGUCGGGCCCCAGCAGCCAGAGCUCCAGCACCCUGCCCAGGCCUACAGUUCCCAUGAGUCCAAGAAACUCGCUGCUCAAACGACGACAGAGAAAGAAAGAACACAAAAGCUCCUUGUCCCUUGCAUCCAGUUCGGUGGGUCCAGGCGGUCAGGUGGUUCACGUAGAGACCAGUGAGGUCACCCUAACAGGUGACCCGCUUAAUGGCUUCGGUGUCCAGCUGCAAGGAGGCAUAUUUGCCACCGAAACACUAUCUGCACCCCCGCUCAUCAGAUUCAUAGAGCCCGACAGCUCUGCAGAGAGGUGUGGCCUGCUGCAGGUUGGAGACCGCCUCCUGUCAAUCAACGGUAUCCCAACAGAAGACGGCACACUGGAGGAGGCCAAUCAGCUUCUCCGAGACGCGGCGCUGACCAAUAAGGUCUCACUGGAUAUAGAGUUCGAUGUAGCAGAGUCAGUGGUGCCUAGCAGUGGUACUUUCCAUGUCAAACUGCCGAAGAAAAGAGGAGUGGAGCUCGGGAUCACCAUUAGUGCCAGUAAGAAGCAAGGAGAACCCCUCAUCAUUUCUGACAUCAAGAAGGGCAGCAUGGCUCACAGAACAGGAACAUUAGAGCCUGGUGAUAAGCUGUUGGCCAUCGACAACAUCAGACUGGAGAACUGCUCCAAAGACGACGCGGAGCAGAUCCUCCAGCAGUGUGAGGAGCUGGUCAAACUAAAGAUCCGCAAAGAUGAGGACAACUCAGAUGAGCAGGAGACGUCGGGCAGCAUCAUCUACACAGUGGAGCUGAAGCGGUACGGAGGCCCUCUGGGUAUCACCAUCUCAGGCACCGAGGAGCCUUUUGACCCCAUCACUAUAUCUGGCCUAACCAAGAGAGGCCUGGCCGAGAGGACAGGGGCUAUUCAUGUAGGGGAUAGGAUAUUGGCCAUUAACAGCGUCAGUCUUAAAGGAAAGCCUCUGAGUGAAGCCAUCCACCUGCUGCAGAUGGCCGGAGAGACGGUCACCCUCAAGAUAAAAAAACAGCUCGACGAUGCAGAGGAGAGGAAAGCAGCAGAGGCAGAGGAUACGACAGAGAAUGAGCUCAGUGACCCUGAUGAGGAUGAUUUGACGGACAGCCAGCAGACCAAUAAGCUGUCAGAGCUUUACUCCACGACCAUACCCAGUGUCGACUCCGCCAUGGAGUCAUGGGACGGCUCAGGGAUGGACGCCGGCUAUGGCAGCCAGGGUACCUACAGCCACCAGGCAGCUGGUAUUGCCCUGCACCCUCAUGAGUGGCGUAGCGCUAAGCAGCAACGCGGCACCACGCCUCCUCCACGCCGGAAGAACUACCCCUUCAGUGACGGAGGCUUCAGUGAGGAUGACUGGGACAAACCACCAGGAUUUAUCGGCCAACCACCAGACGGUAUUCUGUUGGAUCCAGAAGACAGUUUCUGGUGUCAGGCGUUGGAGGACUUGGAAACCUGCGGCCAAUCAGAGCUGCUCAGAGAGAUCGAGGCAUCCAUUAUGACAGGCACAGCCAUCAGUCUGGGAGUAGACGGUGUCAGCAAGCCUCCAGCUGAGCCCAUACUGAGCCACAACAGGAUGAGCCCGUUGCGGAGAAAUUCCCUCCUGCACCAGGGAAACCUGCUGCACCAGGGUACACACCUCCACGAGGAGGUCAACCUGCAUGAGGAGGCCCAACUCCACCAUGACGCCCACCUGCACCAGGAGGCCCAUUUCAACCAGGACGCCCACAUGCACCAGGGAGUCCACAUCCUCCAAGAGAACCAGUCCCCUCUUAUGCACCACGAUCCCAAACCCAAGGCGUCGUUGAGAGUGUCGGAGAGGACGUGGGAGUCUCGUCGAAUUAAAGAGGAGAUGCAGGGGAUUCUGUCUCCAACACCUCUGGAGCUGCAUAAAGUAACUGUGAUAAAGGACCCAGAAAGUGAUGACUUUGGCUUCAGUGUGUCAGAUGGCUUCUUAGAGAAAGGAGUUUACGUCAACAUGAUCCGACCUGACGGACCAGCUGACAGAGCCGGGCUCAAACCCUACGACAGGAUCCUGCAGGUGAACCAUGUAAGGACAAGGGACUUUGACUGCUGCCUGGCGGUGCCUCUGAUCACAGAAGCCGGAGACAGACUGGAGUUGGUCAUCAGCCGCAACCCACUGGCCAUCAAUGACACAGAGGACAAUAACAACACCUUAGAUCACCCGCUAGACCUGUAA